AUGGGGGAGGAAUUGCAUUAUGAGUGGUCCACCAGCCCGACAAAUAAUCGGGACUCAGGUUUACUCCCUCAGGCUACUCGGCCUAUUUCAGGGUGUGGCUUGUCAGCAGUAGGGGUGUAUUGGAAGCGUUCCACAGCACUAAAGCUGCUAGUUUACUCCACCAUCGUACUUUUGGUGGCUCUCUGCGCUCGACAUCUAUUUAAACGCCGUUCGAAUCCUGGGAGGAGGAUUGGGGAUGCCGACUUGGAUGGCGACACUUCCUCGCUCUCCUCGGACGCUGAUGAAAACACUCCAUGUGGUGACCUGAGGAAUAACAACCGUCGAACAUCGCCCGGCGUCCACGACGAGUCUCCUCCCCAGUUAGAUGCAGCAAGCACUCAAGCACCAGGAACAGGAGCAGCAGAGGAAGGCGUCAGCAGCAGCUGUGAAGACGAAGCAUCUGGCGAUGCCGCGGCAGCAGUUCCAGAAGCAGCAGGAGAUGACGAGGAUGACGACUCCAACAGCAACUGCAGCACUCCUCUUUAUGACAUUGUAUGCAGUGGUCGAGGUAGGACCAGUAACGAUGGCGAGAGCACAAGCGCCGAGCCGCAAGGUGCCCAGGCAGCUCCUGGAAGGGAAUCUGUGGAACGUAAAAUGGAUAGGCUUGGGCGUGCGAGAUGGGUAGGACCACUGGCUGGCCUCUUGGAAUCUGCUGGCAAGAAAAUAUCUCGCACAGCACCAAAGUCUGCUGUGGCAGCAAGCCCAGCAACAGCAGGAAUAGCUGGUGAGACUGCUACCAGGAGCUCAGAAGCACCUCAACCUGAGGGCGAGUGGCGUUUUAACGCGAAGUUGGCCGUAGGGGAUUCGAAGUCGCCCCACUACAAAGAUUUGCGAAAACCUUAUGACUUUCCGAACCUCAAGGCACACAACUAUGCCGAGCUACGAAAAGUACUACUGAAGCUUGCGGAAUCCAUGGGUAACCUCUGCUCUCCCCAUAGCGAACCGUUUUGCGCUACGGUCAAGGCGGACUGUGAUAUAUGCGGCGUUGGUACAGUGACUUUCUAUAUUCAGUUUGAGGAGGAAGAAAUGAAAUCUCAAAGCUCCUUAGCACAAUUGAAGGGGAAGAUAUUUUCAAAUAACCCGUUUAGCAAACGGUUUCCUGAGAGGUUUACCCGCGAUUUGUUGGCACUAACGGAAGAGCUGAUCCUCACGGUUUCAGAUCGUGCGCAAAAGACAAAAUGGAUCAAACCAGAUGCGGAGGGUGGCGCCGACCGCGACGGAGAACAAGGGGAGCGGAAGACAGAUGCACCAAUUCAAGCAGGCAGUCGUGCCGGCGGCUCUUCUGCGAACGAGCUCGUUGGCCCAAUGCGAACUGCUCAGGCGACAGUUGGAGACGCUGCAACAGCAGCUGCUUCAGACGUAGCAACUCCAGGAACCAGCAGAUGCACCAAGAGUGAAGCGUCGGAAGCGGCAGGCUCUCCCAAAGGAGUUCCCAAUUCCUCGAGUAAACGGCAUUUUGAAAAGUUGUUGCAGGGAGUGUCAUGGUUUGGAGGCGAAAAAUCCACAAGCGUGUCAGGUGAAGCACCUGCGAAAGCUAGCGUUGGCAGUGAAAGCAAACAGACCGGUUGGACGCCUGCUCCCGUAGCAGCUGCAUCGGCAACAGGCGCACAUGGUGAAGGUCGGGCCGACGAGGCUCCCGAAGACUUGUCUGAGGACGAAAUGGUUCGCCCGCAUCGAGGAGCGCAAACAGCAGAGUCAAAGCCAACACAAGACGGGCGCUCUGGGGAUGAUUCGAGCAGUGUUCAUCUUCA